AUGAAUUGGGUGGUCACGGUACUUGGUUUCAACACUAAUGGGGGCCGACUGAUCAGUGCUGAAGAGGGUAUUCUUUCUGAUUCCAAGCAGAGGCAAGAGCUUGAAAUGGACUGGUUCCAUUGCAAUCACUGCUUCAGAAGAAAAGGUCAAAACUUUUCAGUGUCGAGCUGUGGCCAUAUCUUCUGUGAGGGAUGCAUCAAACCAAAACAUUGUAGCAUAUGUGGAUCGAGCUGCAGUUAUUUGCCCAUCACAGAUCAGAUGAAGCCUGAGGAGAAGAUGUUUUUCAGGGACCCCGUGGAGCUCAUUCAGUCACGCUUGGAGCAUAUAAAAAAGAUUGCACUUUUUCAGCACACACAGAAAGCGAGAAUCACCGCCUACUUUAAACACAAAUCUGUGGAGCUAGAAAUGCGUCUGAAAGAGGUCACCAACGAAAGUUACAGGUGAUAACUUGACACUCAUUUUGUCUUCUACCCCAUGUGCACUUUACUUUUUACCAUGCUGCAAAAUUGUUGUCUUUUCUUUUUUUUUUGUGGUUUAUGUUAGGGAAAUUUCCAAGCUGAGAAGAGAAAAUGCCAAGUUGAAAAGGCCUCUUUCUCAGACAGGGGUGAG